AUGCAUGUCACCGCACAGGAAAUCGAAGACAGAAUUCGUAACGCGAUCCCUGUAUCCCAUCUCGAAAUUGAAGAUCAUUCUAGCGGUUGUGGUGAAAACUAUUCCAUAGUGCUCGUCAGCGAAGCUUUCGACGGUAAAAACACGUUAGCCAGACAUAGAUUUGUGAACGAGCUAUUGAAGGACGAAUUAGCACGAAUACAUGCAUUUUCACAAAAAACGUAUACGCCGAAGCAGUGGGAAGCUCUAUUGGCAAAGGUGUCCUAG